GGAAAAAAAAAGGGUACGUACUCUCUGGGCUUUGCUGAUUAUAAAUAAAGGGUCCCACUCCCCCACAUAGAGCCUAUGCAGCGAUGGGGCGUACGUGAUCAAACCACGUGACCGCUGAGCAUUUACGGUUCUAUGGCGUAGCUGUCAACACAAGUUCUCCCUCCAAACCUCCACGGGUUAUGGCAUCGACAAUUGCCUACUUCUCCAUUCCCCCCAGAUCGACUUCCAAUUUUUGCUGCUCCUUUAAAACACAUUUCUUCGGAUUCGUUCAGCUGCCUAAAGUGAAGCCAAGGAGGAGGAGGAUUCGCCGGGAACUGAAGAGAGCAGCGGCCAUGUUUUCGGGUACCACAGUGGUCAGUGACGCCAUCGCCACCGGUUUGUCCGGUGGAAUUGCCUUGUCCUUGCUUAAAAUUUGGGAACAAACGGCUAAGAGAGGCGUCUUUGACCAGAAACUUAAUAGGAAGCUUGUACACGUGACUGUUGGAUUAGCAUUCAUGCUUUGCUGGCCUAUGUUCAGUUCUGGACGUCAGGGAGCAAUUUUAGCAGCCCUUAUUCCUGGUAUCAAUAUAAUUAAGAUGCUUCUUUUGGGUCUUGGAAUAUGGAAGGAUGAUGCAACUGUCAAGUCCAUGAGCAGAUUUGGUGACUAUAGGGAACUACUCAAGGGGCCGUUGUACUAUGCUUCCACUAUCACUUUGGCCAGUGCCAUCUACUGGAGAACAUCUCCUAUAGCAAUUGCAGCAGUUUGUAAUCUCUGUGCUGGUGAUGGAAUGGCUGAUAUUGUUGGCAGGCGUUUUGGAAGCCAGAAGCUUCCGUACAAUCAAAAUAAAUCAGUUGUUGGUAGUAUUACUAUGGCAUGUGCUGGUUUCUUGGCUUCUGUUGGAUACAUGUUCUAUUUCUCCUCAUUCGGGUACAUUCAAGAAAGCACCAACAUGGUCCUGGGGUUUUUAAUAGUGUCCAUUGCUGCUGCAUUAGUUGAAUCGCAUCCUUUAAGCACCGAACUUGAUGACAACCUGACAGUUCCCCUUGCUGCUGUGUUGGUUGGCAGUUUAGUUCUCUGAGUGCAGGCUCAUAAGCAAGUGAGAUUAUUUUCUGGAUGUGAAGACCCUUCCAGUUAAAGAUAUAAUAUUUGUUGGGAUGGGACUGAACCAUAAUUGCAUAUAUUAUGGUCAGAGUUCUUGGUUGUGGUUGCUUGUGGACCUCUUGUUGUAAACACGUUUAACACGUACUUGUAGCACUGUGUAGGAGUAGCAGAAUUAAUGUGACCAAUAUUCCUAGUUUAUCAGUGGAAGGUUUAUGGAUCUCUCACUUUCUUGGGGGUA